GGCUUUUGCCUGGGGUUCUCAGGAGGGGAGAGUUGGGAGAGGCUUUGCUGCUGAGGAAAUUUAUUUGAUAGAUUGAAGGUUUGAACAGGAGCUACAGAAACAAAAGAGAAAACCCGUUUAAGCAAAUGGUGUUCGGGAAGAGAAUAACCCCAUUGCCUUGAGUUUGUAGGUGCCGCUACUACUCUGGGAAAAUGGCAGAUGACGAAGAGUAUGAGGAGGUGGUGGAGUACUACACAGAAGAGACAAUUUACGAAGAGGUGCCGGGAGAGACAAUAACAGAAUACUAUGAAACUACGACUACUAGUACAUCUGACUAUGAGCAACCAGAAUAUUCCAAACCAGCCCUGGCACAGCCAGAACCGGCAAAGCCAGUGGAGAGGAAGAGGGUCAUCCGGAAGAAAGUGGACCCUUCAAAGUUCAUGACCCCCUACAUUGCACACAGUCAGAAAAUGCAGGAUCUUUUUAGCCCAAAUAAAUACAAGGAGAAGUUUGAGAAAGCAAAAGGACAGCCAUACGCCAGCACAACCGAUACCCCAGAACUUCGCAGAAUCAAGAAAGUACAAGAUCAACUCAGUGAGGUUAAGUAUCGAAUGGAUGGCGAUGUUGCUAAAACUAUCUGUCACGUAGAUGAAAAAGCAAAGGAUAUUGAACAUGCAAAGAAAGUGUCGCAGCAAGUCAGCAAGGUUUUAUACAAGCAGAACUGGGAAGACACCAAGGAUAAGUACCUGCUUCCCCCUGAUGCCCCUGAACUUGUCCAGGCCGUUAAGAACACAGCCAUGUUCAGUAAGAAACUGUACACUGAAGACUGGGAAGCAGACAAAAAUCUGUUUUACCCCUAUAAUGAUAGCCCAGAACUGAGGAGAGUUGCCCAAGCCCAGAAAGCUCUCAGUGAUGUUGCCUACAAAAAAGGUCUCGCUGAACAGCAAGCUCAAUUCACACCUCUGGCCGAUCCUCCAGAAAUAGAAUUUGCCAAGAAAGUAACCAGACAAGUGAGCAAGCAAAAAUACAAAGAAGACUAUGAAAAUAAAGUCAAAGGAAAAUGGAGUGAGACACCUUGCUUUGAAAUGGCAAAUGCCAAAAUGAAUGCUGAUAACAUUAGUACAAGGAAAUACCAGGAAGAUUUCGAGAGCUUGAAAGACCAGAUCUACUUCAUGCAGACUGAAACUCCAGAGUACAAAGUGAAUAAACAAGCUGGAGUGGCAGCUAGCAAGGUAAAAUACAAAGAAGACUAUGAAAAGAAUAAAGGAAAAGCAGAUUAUAAUGUACUUCCUGCUACGGAGAACCCACUGCUCAAGCAGCUGAAGGCAGCAGGAAAUGCCCUAAGUGAUAAACUAUACAAGGAAAACUAUGAAAAGACAAAGGCAAAGAGCAUGAAUUACUGUGAGACCCCCAAAUUCAAGCUUGAUACAGUUCUACACAACUUCAGUAGUGAUAAUAAAUAUAAAGAUUCCUACUUAAAGAAUAUUUUGGGACAUUAUGUAGGCAGCUUUGAGGAUCCGUAUCAUUCACACUGCAUGAAAGUCGCAGCUCAAAACAGUGAUAAAAACUACAAAGCAGAAUAUGAAGAAGACAAGGGCAAAGGCUUCUUCCCCCAGACCAUAACUCAGGAAUAUGAAGCAAUCAAGAAACUGGACCAGUGUAAAGACCAUACCUACAAAGUUCAUCCAGAUAAGACAAAAUUCACCCAAGUUACCGACUCUCCCGUUCUGGUGCAAGCCCAAGUCAAUUCCAAGCAACUGAGUGAUCUAAAUUACAAAGCAAAACACGAAAGUGAAAAGUUCAAGUGCCAUAUACCUCCUGAUACUCCUGCCUUUAUCCAGCACAAAGUCAACGCCUAUAACCUGAGUGAUAAUAUUUACAAGGACGACUGGGAGAAGAGCAAAGCCAAGAAGUUUGACAUUAAAGUGGACGCCAUCCCCCUGCUGGCAGCCAAAGCCAACAGCAGGAUCGCCAGUGAUGUGAUGUACAAGAAAGACUAUGAGAAAAACAAAGGGAAGAUGAUUGGAGCCCUCAGCAUUGAGGACGAUCCCAAGAUGCUGCACUCCUUGAAUACAGCCAGAAACCAGAGUGAUAGAUUGUACAAGGAAAACUAUGAGAAGACGAAAGCAAGGAGCAUGAACUACUGCGAGACUCCCAGAUACCAGCUUGACACUCUGCUAAAGAACUUCAGUGAGGCUAAAUAUAAAGAUUCGUAUGAAAAGAAUAUUUUGGGACAUUAUGUAGGCAGUUUUGAGGACCCGUAUUACACACACUGCAUGAAAGUUUCAGCUCAAAACAGUGACAAAAGUUACAAAGCAGAAUAUGAAGAAGAUAAAGCGAAGUGCUAUUUCCCUCAGACAAUAACACAAGAAUACGAAGCAAUCAAGAAGCUAGACCAGUGUAAAGAUCAUACCUACAAAGUUCAUCCAGAUAAGACCAAAUUCACAGCAGUCACUGACACUCCUGUAUUGUUGCAAGCCCAGCUCAACACGAAACAGCUUAGUGAUCUGAAUUACAAAGCAAAACAUGAAGGUGAGAAGUUCAAGUGCCAUGUCCCAGCAGAUGCUCCAGAGUUUAUCCAACAUAGAGUCAAUGCUUAUAACCUGAGUGACAAUAUUUACAAGGACGACUGGGAGAAGAGCAAAGCCAAGAAGUUUGACAUUAAAGUGGAUGCCAUCCCCCUGCUGGCAGCCAAAGCCAACAGCAGGAUCGCCAGUGAUGUGAUGUACAAGAAAGACUAUGAGAAAAACAAAGGGAAGAUGAUUGGAGCCCUCAGCAUUGAGGACGAUCCCAAGAUGCUGCACUCCUUGAAGACGGCCAAAAACCAGAGUGAUCGUGAGUAUCGAAAAGACUAUGAAAAGUCAAAAACUGUCUACACGGCACCUCUUGAUAUGCUCCAAGUCACUCAGGCUAAGAAAUCGCAGGCAAUUGCCAGCGACGUGGACUACAAGAACAUAUUGCACAAUUACAGCUACCCGCCGGAUAGCGUCAACGUGGACCUCGCCAAGAAGGCUUACGCACUGCAGAGUGACGUCGAAUACAAAGCUGACUACAACAGCUGGAUGAAAGGCUGUGGCUGGGUGCCUUUCGGGUCCUUGGAAAUGGAAAAGGUGAAGCGGGCCUCAGACAUCCUUAAUGAGAAAAAAUACCGCCAACAUCCAGACACACUCAAGUUUACCCCAAUUGAAGAUGCUCCAAUUAUAGUGCAGUCUAAAAUUAACCAGGCCCAGAGGAGCGAUAUUGCUUACAAAGCCAAAGGAGAGGAAAUUAUUCACAAAUACAACAUGCCAGCAGACCUGCCCCAGUUCAUGCAGGCUAAAGUGAAUGCCUACAACAUCAGUCAGAAUAUGUACAAAGCAGACUUGAAAGACUUGAGCAAGAAGGGAUAUGACCUGAGAACUGAUGCGAUUCCCAUCAGAGCUGCCAAAGCUGCCAGGCAGGCAGCAAGCGAUGUUCACUACAAAAAAGAUUAUGAAAAAGCUAAAGGGAAAAUGGUUGGUUUCCAAAGUCUCCAAGAUGAUCCUAAACUGGUUCAUUACAUGAAUGUGGCCAAGACACAAUCGGACCGGGAGUAUAAAAAAGACUAUGAGAAGACCAAGACCAAAUACAAUACGCCCCAUGAUAUGGUCAACAUCGUGGCAGCUAAGAAAGCUCAGGAUGUUGCCAGCAAUGUCAACUAUAAGCAUUCUCUCCAUCAUUACACCUACCUCCCUGAUGCCAUGGACCUGGAGUUGUCUAAAAACAUGAUGCACAUACAGAGUGAUAACGCCUACAAGGAAGACUACAACACCUGGAUGAAAGGCAUCGGCUGGAUUCCCAUUGGCAGUCUCGACGUAGAGAAAGUGAGGAAGGCAGGUGAUGCCCUGAAUGAAAAGAAGUACAGACAACAUCCAGACACCCUCAAAUUCACCAGCAUCGUGGACUCCCCGGUUAUGGUCCAGGCAAAACAGAACACCCAGCAAGUCAGUGAUAUCUUAUACAAAGCUAAAGGAGAAGAUGUGAAACACAAAUAUACUAUGAGUCCUGACCUUCCUCAGUUCCUCCAGGCCAAGUGCAAUGCUUACAAUAUAAGUGAUGUCUGUUAUAAACGCGACUGGCACGACUUGAUAGCCAAGGGCAACAAUGUGCUGGGUGACGCUAUUCCCAUCGCCGCCGCCAAGGCAUCGAGAAACAUUGCCAGUGACUAUAAAUACAAGGAAGCUUAUGAGAAAUCAAAGGGAAAGCAUGUGGGUUUUAGAAGCCUCCAGGAUGAUCCCAAGCUGGUCCACUAUAUGAAUGUGGCGAAGUUGCAGUCCGAUCGUGAAUACAAGAAGAACUACGAGAACACCAAAACCAGUUACCAUACCCCUGGGGACAUGGUUAGCAUCACAGCUGCCAAGAUGGCUCAGGAUGUUGCCACCAAUGUCAAUUACAAACAGCCGUUACAUCAUUACACGUACCUACCUGACGCCCUGAGUCUCGAGCAUACCAGGAACGUGAAUCAAAUUCAGAGUGAUAAUGUAUACAAGGACGAGUAUAACAACUUCUUCAAGGGCAUUGGAUGGAUCCCUAUUGGUUCUCUGGAUGUUGAGAAGGUCAAGAAAGCAGGUGACGCGUUAAACGAGAGGAAGUAUCGACAGCACCCCGAUACCAUCAAGUUCACAAGUGUGCCUGAUUCCAUGGGCAUGGUUUUGGCUCAGCAGAACACAAAGCAGCUAAGCGAUUUGAACUACAAGGUGGAGGGGGAAAAACUGAAGCACAAGUACACUAUAGACCCUGAAUUGCCUCAGUUUAUUCAAGCCAAAGUCAACGCCCUCAACAUGAGCGAUGCUCAUUAUAAAGCAGACUGGAAGAAAACCAUUGCUAAGGGCUACGAUUUGAGACCAGAUGCCAUUCCAAUUGUUGCUGCAAAAAGUUCAAGGAACAUUGCUAGCGAUUACAAAUAUAAGGAGGCCCACGAGAAAGCCAAAGGCAAGCAUAUUGGAUUUCUCAGUCUUCAGGAUGACCCUAAACUGGUUCACUACACGAAUGUGGCCAAAAUGCAAUCGGAUCGUGAGUACAAAAAGGGCUACGAAGCCAGCAAGACCAGGUACCACACACCUUUGGAUAUGGUCAGUGUGACGACCGCAAAGAAAUCUCAGGAGGUUGUUACCAACACCAACUACAGACAACCGUACCACCACUACACUCUCCUUCCCGACGCCUUGAACGUGGAACACUCGAGGAAUGCCAUGCAGAUUCAGAGCGAUAAUCUAUACAAGUCUGACUUCACCCAUUGGAUGAAAGGGAUUGGCUGGAUCCCAAUAGAGUCCCUGGAGGUGGAGAAGGCAAAGAAAGCGGGAGACAUUCUCAGUGAGAAGAAGUAUCGCCAGCACCCUGAGAAGCUGAAGUUCACGUACGCCAUGGACACAAUGGAACAGGCACUUAACAAAAGUAACAAACUGAAUAUGGAUAAGAGGCGCUACACUGAAAAAUGGAACAAAGACAAGACCAGUAUUCACGUCAUGCCUGACACUCCGGAUAUUUUACUUUCCAGAAUAAACCAAAUCACCAUGAGUGAUAAAUUGUACAAAUCUGGCUGGGAAGAAGAAAAGAAGAAAGGAUAUGACCUGAGGCCUGAUGCCAUCUCAAUAAAGGCUGCAAAAUCCUCUAGAGACAUUGCCAGUGACUACAAAUAUAAGCAAGCCUACGAACAAGCCAAAGGGAAACAUAUUGGCUUCCGGAGCCUGGAAGACGACCCCAAGCUGGUGCACUUCAUGCAGGUGGCCAAGAUGCAGUCAGACCGGGAAUACAAGAAGGCAUAUGAGAAAUCCAAGACGUCCUUCCACACCCCGGUAGACAUGUUCAGUGUGGUGGCAGCCAAGAAGUCUCAGGAAGUGGCUACCAACGCCAACUACAGGAAUGUGAUCCAUACCUACAACAUGCUUCCUGAUGCCAUGAGCUUUGAACUGGCCAAAAAUAUGAUGCAGAUUCAAAGUGAUAAUCAGUACAAAGCUGACUAUGCUGACUUCAUGAAGGGCAUCGGAUGGCUCCCUCUGGGCUCCCUGGAAGCUGAGAAAAACAAGAAAGCCAUGGAGAUUAUCAGUGAAAAGAAGUACCGCCAGCACCCAGACACUUUGAAGUAUUCCACGUUGAUGGACUCGAUGAACAUGGUUUUGGCCCAGAAUAAUAAGAAAAUUAUGGAUGAUCACCUCUAUAAACAAGCAUGGGAGGCUGAUAAGACCAAAGUCCACAUCAUGCCUGAUAUCCCACAGAUUAUUCUGGCAAAGGCAAAUGCAAUUAAUAUGAGUGAUAAACUCUACAAACUUUCUUUGGAAGAGUCUAGAAAGAAAGGCUACGAUCUCACAAGUGACGCAAUUCCCAUCAAAGCUGCCAAGGCUUCGAGGGAUAUUGCAAGUGACUAUAAAUACAAGUACAAUUAUGAAAAGGAGAGAGGGAAAAUGGUUGGUUUCCGCAGCCUUAAGGAUGAUCCCAAAUUAGUCCAUUCCAUGGAAGUGGCUAAAAUGCAAUCUGAUCGGGAGUACAAGAAAAACUACGAGAAGACGAAGACCAGCUACCAUACCCCUGCCGACAUGCUCAGCGUCACGGCCGCCAAGGAUGCCCAAGCCAACAUCACCAACACUAACUACAAGCACCUGAUCCACAAAUACAUCCUCCUCCCGGAUGCAAUGAGCAUCGAGCUGAGCAGGAAUAUGAAUCACAUACAGAGCGAUAAUGAGUAUAAGCAAGACUACAAUGAAUGGUACAAGGGUCUUGGCUGGAGUCCAGCCGGCUCUCUAGAAGUGGAGAAGGCCAGGAAAGCAACUGAGUACGCCAGUGAUCAGAAAUACCGCCAGCACCCUAGCAACUUCGAGUUUAAGAAGCUGUCUGAUUCCAUGGACAUGGUGCUUGCCAAGCAGAAUGCACAUACUAUGAACAAGCAUUUAUACACUAUUGAUUGGAAUAAAGAUAAGACCAAGAUUCAUGUGAUGCCUGAUACACCAGAUAUUUUACAAGCCAAGCAGAAUCAAACAAUGUAUAGUCAGAAACUCUAUAAACUUGGAUGGGAAGAAGCUUUGAAGAAAGGCUACGAUCUGCCAGUCGAUGCAAUUUCUGUACAGCAGGCCAAAGCCUCGAGAGACAUAGCUAGCGAUUUUAAAUACAAACAAGGCUACCGAAAGCAAGUUGGCCACCAUAUUGGAUUCCGGAGUCUGCAAGAUGACCCAAAACUUGUGUUGUCCAUGAAUGUAGCCAAAAUGCAAAGCGAAAGAGAAUACAAGAAGGACUUUGAGAAGUGGAAAACCAAGUUCUCCAGCCCCGUGGACAUGUUGGGAGUGGUGCUGGCCAAGAAAUGUCAGGAGUUGGUUAGUGACGUGGACUACAAGAACUACUUACACCAGUGGACGUGCCUGCCUGAUCAGAACGAUGUUAUUCAAGCUAAAAAAGUUUAUGAACUACAAAGUGAGAAUUUGUACAAGUCUGACCUUGAGUGGCUGAGAGGCAUAGGAUGGAGUCCCCUGGGUUCUUUGGAGGCAGAAAAAAAUAAGCGAGCUUCAGAAAUCAUCAGUGAGAAGAAAUAUCGUCAGCCUCCAGACAGAAACAAGUUCACCAGCAUUCCUGAUGCCAUGGACAUAGUUCUGGCAAAGACCAAUGCCAAAAAUAGAAGUGAUAGACUUUAUAGAGAAGCUUGGGACAAGGACAAGACUCAGAUCCACAUCAUGCCUGAUACACCUGACAUUGUUCUGGCUAAAGCAAACUUAAUCAACACAAGUGAUAAAAUCUACCGAAUGGGUUAUGAGGAGCUGAGGAAAAAAGGUUAUGAUCUUCCUGUCGAUGCCAUACCAAUCAAAGCAGCGAAAGCCUCCCGGGAAAUUGCCAGUGAAUACAAGUACAAAGAAGGCUUUCGAAAGCAGCUUGGCCAUCACAUUGGAGCCAGGGACAUUAAAGACGAUCCCAAGAUGAUGUGGUCCAUGCACGUGGCCAAGAUCCAGAGUGACAGGGAGUACAAGAAGGACUUUGAGAAGUGGAAGACCAAGUUCAGCAGCCCAGUGGACAUGCUGGGGGUGGUGCUGGCCAAGAAGUGCCAGACAUUAGUCAGUGACGUGGACUACAAGAACUACCUGCACCAGUGGACGUGCCUGCCCGACCAGAGUGACGUCAUCCACGCCCGGCAGGCCUAUGACCUCCAGAGCGAUAAUUUGUACAAGUCUGACCUUCAGUGGCUAAGAGGCAUUGGCUGGUUGCCCAGUGGUUCUCUAGAGGAUGAGAAAAACAAAAGAGCCUCCCAGAUCUUGAGUGACCACGUUUAUCGUCAGCACCCAGAUAAGUUCAAGUUUUCCAGCCUUAUGGACUCCAUACCGAUGGUUUUGGCAAAAAACAAUGCUAUUACCAUGAAUCAUCGACUUUAUACAGAAGCUUGGGAUAAAGAUAAAACCACAGUUCACAUUAUGCCAGACACCCCUGAAGUUGUACUAGCUAAACAAAACCAAAUAAAUUACAGUGAGAAACUGUAUAAACUUGGCCUAGAAGAAGCCCGGAAGAAAGGCUAUGAUAUGCGGCUAGAUGCCAUUCCUAUCAAGGCAGCCAAGGCCUCCAGAGACAUUGCCAGUGAAUUCAAGUAUAAAGAAGGUUAUCGUAAGCAGCUUGGCCACCACAUUGGGGCCCGAGCCAUCCAUGAUGAUCCCAAGAUGAUGUGGUCCAUGCACGUGGCCAAGAUCCAGAGUGACAGGGAGUACAAGAAGGACUUUGAGAAAUGGAAGACCAAGUUCAGCAGCCCAGUGGACAUGCUGGGGGUGGUGCUGGCCAAGAAGUGCCAGACAUUAGUCAGUGACGUGGACUACAAGAACUACCUGCACCAGUGGACGUGCCUGCCCGACCAGAGUGACGUCAUCCACGCCCGGCAGGCCUAUGACCUCCAGAGCGAUAAUAUAUACAAGUCCGAUCUCCAAUGGCUGAGAGGCAUCGGCUGGGUGCCCAUUGGCUCUUUGGAUGUGGAAAAAUGCAAAAGGGCAACUGAAAUUUUGAGUGAUAAAAUCUAUCGCCAGCCUCCAGACCAAUUCAAAUUUACCAGCGUGACUGAUUCUCUGGAACAAGUGUUGGCCAAGAAUAAUGCCAUCACUAUGAACAAGCGUUUAUACACAGAAGCCUGGGACAAAGACAAAACUCAGGUCCACAUAAUGCCAGACACACCAGAAAUUAUGCUGGCAAGAAUGAACAAAAUCAACUACAGUGAGAGUCUUUACAAACUUGCCAAUGAAGAAUCAAAGAAAAAAGGCUAUGAUUUGCGAAGUGAUGCCAUCCCGAUAGUGGCGGCCAAGGCCUCCAGGGACAUCAUCAGUGAUUACAAAUAUAAAGAUGGUUACCGCAAGCAGCUUGGCCACCAUAUUGGAGCCAGGGACAUUCAUGAUGACCCCAAGAUGAUGUGGUCCAUGCACGUGGCCAAGAUCCAGAGUGACAGGGAGUACAAGAAGGACUUUGAGAAGUGGAAGACCAAGUUCAGCAGCCCAGUGGACAUGCUGGGGGUGGUGCUGGCCAAAAAGUGCCAGACGUUAGUCAGUGACAUCGACUACAAGAACUACCUGCACCAGUGGACGUGCCUGCCCGACCAGAACGACGUCACCCAUGCCCGGCAGGCCUAUGACCUCCAGAGCGAUAAUAUUUACAAGUCAGAUCUCCAGUGGCUGAGAGGCAUUGGCUGGGUCCCCAUUGGGUCCGUGGAUGAGGUCAAGUGCAAGAGAGCUGCAGAAAUCCUGAGCGAUACUCUCUACCGCCAGCCUCCAGACAAGCUGAAAUUUACUAGUGUGACUGAUUCCCUGGAACAGGUGCUGGCCAAGAACAAUGCCAUCACCAUGAACAAGCGUUUAUACACAGAGGCCUGGGACAAAGACAAGACUCAGGUUCAUAUCAUGCCUGAUACUCCAGAGAUUAUGUUGGCGAGGCAGAACAAGAUCAACUACAGUGAGAGCCUCUAUCGCCAGGCCAUGGAAGAAGCCAAGAAAGAAGGCUAUGACUUGAGAAGCGACGCUAUUCCCAUUGUGGCUGCCAAGGCCUCCCGGGAUAUUGCCAGUGAUUACAAAUACAAAGAAGCUUAUCGUAAACAGCUGGGUCACCACAUUGGCGCCCGAGCAGUACAUGAUGACCCCAAGAUAAUGUGGUCCCUCCACAUCGCCAAAGUGCAGAGUGACCUUGAGUACAAGAAAGAAUUUGAGAAAUACAAGACAAGGUACACCAGCCCGGUGGACAUGCUUGGUAUUGUUUUGGCCAAGAAAUGUCAGACCUUGGUCAGCGAUGUGGAGUAUCGACAUCCUCUGCAUGAAUGGAUGUGCCUGCCCGACCAGAAUGACGUCAUUCAGGCGCGGAAAGCUUAUGACCUGCAGAGUGAUAAUUUGUAUAAGUCAGACCUUGAGUGGAUGAGAGGCAUUGGUUGGGUUCCAAUUGGUUCCGUGGAAGUUGUUAGAGCCAAGAGAGCUGCAGAGAUACUGAGUGACAAUAUCUACCGUCAGCGGCCAGAAACAAUGAAAUUUACCUGUAUAACUGACACUCCGGAGCAGGUGCUGGCAAAAAGUAAUGCUAUAAACAUGAAUAAGCGCUUAUAUACUGAAGCCUGGGACAAUGACAAGAAAACAAUUCAUGUCAUGCCUGAUACGCCAGAAAUCAUGUUAGCCAAACUCAACCGAAUACAAUACAGUGAUAAACUCUAUAAACUUGCUUUGGAAGAGUCCAGGAAGGAAGGCUAUGACUUGCGUUUGGAUGCCAUUCCAAUCCAAGCAGCCAAGGCUUCAAGAGAAAUUGCUAGUGAUUACAAGUACAAGGAAGGCUACCGCAAACAGCUUGGCCACCACAUUGGGGCUCGGAAUAUUCAGGACGAUCCCAAGAUGUUGUGGUCCAUCCAUGCAGCCAAGAUACAGAGUGACAGGGAGUAUAAGAAAGACUUUGAGAAGUGGAAGACCAAGUUCAGCAGCCCAGUGGACAUGCUGGCGGUGGUGCAGGCCAAGAAGUGUCAGAUCCUCGUAAGCGACGUAGACUACAAGCAUCCUCUCCACGAAUGGAUCUGCCUGCCUGAUCAGAACGACGUCAUUCAGGCUCGCAAGGCCUAUGACCUGCAGAGUGAUGCUCUUUACAAGGCUGACCUUGAGUGGCUGAGAGGCAUUGGAUGGGUUCCCAUUGGCUCCAUAGAGGUCGAGAAGGUGAAGAGAGCCGGAGAAAUCCUGAGUGACAGGAAGUACCGCCAGCCUGCAGACCAGCUGAAAUUCACAUGCAUUACAGACACCCCGGAAAUUGUCCUGGCAAAGAAUAAUGCCCUGACAAUGAGCAAGCAUUUAUACACGGAAGCUUGGGAUUCUGACAAAACCUCCAUCCACGUGAUGCCAGAUACCCCAGAAAUCUUGCUGGCCAAGAGCAAUUCCGCCAAUAUCAGCCAGAAACUUUACACCAAGGGAUGGGAUGAAUCAAAGAUGAAGGACUAUGAUCUGAGAGCAGAUGCUAUUUCCAUCAAAAGUGCCAAGGCCUCUAGGGACAUCGCCAGUGAUUACAAAUACAAGGAAGCAUAUGAGAAACAGAAAGGCCACCACAUUGGAGCCCAGAGCGUUGAUGAUGAUCCCAAGAUUAUGUGUGCUAUACACGCAGGGAAGAUUUACAGUGAAAGGGAGUACAAAAAGGAAUUCCAGAAGUGGAAGACCAAGUUCUCUAGCCCAGUGGACAUGUUAGGCAUCUUGCUGGCCAAAAAAUGUCAGACUCUGGUCAGUGACAUUGAUUAUCGCAAUUACCUGCAUCACUGGACGUGCUUACCUGAUCAAAACGACAUUAUCCAAGCAAAGAAGGCCUAUGAACUGCAGAGUGAUGCCAUCUACAAGGCUGACUUGGAGUGGUUGCGUGGCAUCGGCUGGAUGCCUGAAGGCUCUCCCGAAGUACUGAGAGUCAAAAAUGCCCAGCAUAUCCUAAGUGACAAUGUCUAUCGGACACCUGUGGUGAAUCUCAAGUACUCAAGCAUUGUUGACACACCUGAAGUGGUCCUUGCUAAAUCAAAUGCUGAAAAUAUUAGUAUUCCAAAGUACAGAGAAGUUUGGGACAAGGAUAAAACUUCAGUGCACAUAAUGCCAGAUACUCCAGAAAUUAAUCUUGCUAGAGCAAACGCUCUCAAUGUGAGCAAUAAAAUUUACCGUGAGGGUUGGGAGGACGUGAAGGCGAACUGUGAUGUCCGCCUGGACGCCAUCCCCAUCCAGGCUGCCAAGGCCUCCAGGGAGAUUGCCAGUGACUAUAAAUACAAGCUUGACCACGAGAAGCAGAAGGGACACUACGUGGGCACCCGCACAGCCAGGGAUGACAACAAGAUCCGGUGGGCCCUCAUAGCUGGCAAGAUCCAGAAUGAACGGGAGUACCGGCUGCAGUGGGCCAAAUGGAAGUCCAAGAUCCAGAGCCCUGCGGACAUGCUUUCCAUCGUGCAUUCGAAAUCAAGCCAGGGUCUGGUCAGCAACGUCGAUUACCGCAAUUACCUGCACGAAUGGACGUGCAUGCCCGACCAGAACGAUGUGAUUCAGGCCAAGAAAGCCUACGAUCUGCAGAGUGAUGCUGUUUACAAAGCCGACUUGGAAUGGCUACGUGGAAUCGGGUGGAUGCCAAAUGAUUCCGUUUCUGUCAAUCACGCCAAACACGCUGCGGAUAUCUUCAGCGAGAAAAAAUAUCGCACAAAAAUAGAAACUCUCAACUUUACACCUGUGGAUGACAGAGUUGAUUAUGUGACAGCAAAACAAAGUGGUGAGAUCCUCAAUGAUAUUAAAUACCGGAAAAACUGGAAUGACACCAAAUCCAAUUACACCCUCACAGAAACCCCCCAGCUGCACGCUGCCCAGGAGGCUGCCCGGAUCCUGGACCAGUACCUCUACAAGGAAGGCUGGGAGAAACAGAAAGCCACAGGCUACAUUUUGCCUCCAGAUGCUGUGCCAUUUGUUCAUGCCCAUCACUCCAGUGAUGUUCAGAGUGAGCUGAAAUACAAAGCUGAACAUGUAAAGCAGAAAGGUCACUAUGUUGGCGUCCCGACAAUGAGAGACGAUCCUAAACUGGUUUGGUUUGAGCAUGCAGGCCAGAUUCAGAACGACAGGCUGUACAAAGAGGACUAUCACAAAACAAAGGCCAAAAUCAACAUACCUGGUGAUAUGGUGUCAGUCGUGGCUGCCAAGCAGGGGCAGAGCCUUGUCAGUGAUAUCGAUUACCGUAAUUACCUGCACCAAUGGAUGUGCCACCCUGACCAAAAUGAUGUUAUUCAAGCAAGAAAGGCCUAUGACCUACAGAGCGAUAACAUCUACAAAGCUGACCUGGAGUGGCUGCGAGGCAUUGGCUGGAUGCCCCUGGAUUCUGUGGACCACGUGAGGGUUACUAAGAACCAGGAGAUGGUGAAUCAGAUAAAAUACAAGAAAAAUGCUCUUGAAAACUACCCUAACUUUACAAGUGUGGUGGAUCCUCCAGAGAUUGUUUUGGCCAAGAUCAACUCUGUCAAUCAAAGUGAUGUGAAAUAUAAAGAAACGUUUAAUAAAGCCAAGGGCAAGUAUACGUUUUCUCCAGACACACCGCAUAUCUCCCACUCCAAAGACAUGGGAAAACUCUACAGUACGAUACUGUAUAAGGGGGCAUGGGAGGGAACCAAGGCCUACGGCUACACCCUGGAUGAGCGCUACAUUCCCAUUGUCGGAGCCAAGCACGCCGAUCUGGUGAACAGCGAGCUUAAAUACAAAGAGACAUAUGUGAAGCAGAGAGGUCACUACCUGGCUGGAAAAGUCAUCAGUGAGUUCCCUGGUGUGGUUCACUGUUUGGAUUUCCAAAAGAUGAGGAGCGCGUUGAACUACAGAAGAGAUUAUGAGGACACCAAAGCAAAUGUUCACAUCCCCAAUGAUAUGAUGAACCACGUGUUGGCUAAAAAGUGCCAGUAUAUCCUCAGUGACCUGGAGUAUCGCCACUACUUUCACCAGUGGACAUCUCUUCCGGAAGAACCCAACGUUAUACGCGUCCGGCAUGCCCAGGAGAUCUUAAGUGAUAAUGUGUAUAAAGAUGACUUGAAUUGGUUGAAAGGCAUUGGUUGCUAUGUCUGGGAUACACCCCAGAUCCUCCAUGCCAAGAAAUCAUACGACCUCCAGAGUCAGCUACAAUACACAGCAGCAGGUAAAGAAAAUCUACAAAACUACAAUCUGGUCACAGAUACGCCAGUUUACGUGACUGCUCUUCAAAGUGGCAUUAAUGCCAGUGAGGUGAAAUAUAAAGAAAAUUAUCAUCAGAUCAAGGACAAAUGUACAACAGUUCUGGAAACAGUGGAUUAUGACAGAAUCAGGAAUCUGAAGAAUCUUUAUAGCAGUAACCUGUACAAGGAGGCCUGGGAUAGAGUCAAAGCCACCAGCUACAUCCUGCCUUCCAGCACCAUGUCCCUGACACAUGCCAAGAACCAGAAACAUAUGGCCAGCCGUGUCAAAUAUCGGGAAGAAUAUGAAAAGUUCAAAGCUCUUUAUACUUUACCAAGAAGUGUCGAAGAUGAUCCAAACACAGCGCGGUGCCUCCGAGUUGGCAAGCUUAACAUUGAUCGCCUGUACAGGUCCGUUUAUGAAAAGAACAAGAUGAAAAUCCACAUCGUGCCAGACAUGGUGGAGAUGGUGACUGCCAAGGAUUCCCAGAAGAAAGUCAGUGAGGUUGAUUACCGCCUGCACCUCCACGAAUGGAUUUGCCACCCCGACUUGCAAGUCAACAGUCACGUCAGGAAAGUCACGGACCAGAUCAGCGACAUUGUGUACAAGGAUGACCUCAACUGGCUGAAAGGCAUUGGCUGCUAUGUCUGGGACACUCCUGAAAUUCUCCAUGCCAAACACGCUUAUGAUCUACGCAAUGAUAUCAAGUACAAAGCUCACGGAAAGAAAACAAGGAACGACUACAAGUUGGUCACUGACACACCAGUUUAUGUUCAGGCUGUCAAAAGCGGGAAACAGCUAAGUGAUGUCGUCUACCACCACGACUACGUGCACAGCGUCAGAGGCAAAGUGGCUCCAACUACAAAAACUGUGGAUCUGGACCGGGCCCGUCACGCGUACAAGCUCCAGAGUGAGAAUCUAUACAAAACCAGCCUGCGCUUCCUGCCCACUGGAUAUAGGCUUCCAGUUGAUACGCGUCACUUCAAACACUCCAAGGACAUCCGAUACAUGAGCAGUUAUUUCAAGUACAAAGAAGUCUAUGAACACAUCAAGGCAAAUGGGUAUACACUUGGCCCCAAAGAUGUUCCAUUUGUCCAUGUCCGGAGAGUCAACAAUGUCACCAGCGAGAGACUGUAUCGAGAAUUGUACCACAAACUGAAAGACAAGAUUCAUACAACUCCUGACACACCUGAAAUCCGCCAAGUCAAGAAGACGCAAGAGGCUGUCAGCGAGUUGAUCUACAAAUCAGACUUCUUCAAGAUGCAGGGCCACAUGAUCUCCCUGCCAUACACACCCCAAGUGCUCCAUUGCCGCUAUGUGGGAGACAUCACCAGUGACAUUAAAUACAAAGAGGACUUGCAGGUCCUGAAGGGGCUUGGCUGCUUCCUGUACGACACUCCUGACAUGGUCCGCUCCCGGCACCUGCGGAAGCUCUGGUCUAAUUACCUGUACACUGAUAAUGCAAGGAAGAUGCGAGACAAAUACAAAGUGGUGCUUGACACUCCAGAAUACAGGAAAGUGCAGGAACUGAAGACUCACCUGAGUGAGCUGGUGUACAGAGCUGCGGGCAAGAAGCAGAAGUCAAUCUUCACUUCAGUUCCUGAUACUCCUGAUCUUUUAAGAGCCAAGCGAGGACAGAAGCUUCAGAGUCAGUAUCUGUAUGUUGAACUUGCCACCAAAGAGAGACCUCAUCACCAUGCUGGAAACCAGACCACAGCCUUGAAGCACGCAAGACACGUGAAGGACAUGGUCAGUGAGACAAAGUACAAGAUUCAAUACGAAAAGAUGAAGGACAAGUACACCCCGGUUCCAGACACGCCAAUCCUCAUCAGAGCCAAGAAGGCUUACUGGAAUGCCAGCGAUCUCCGCUACAAAGAAACGUUCCAAAAGACCAAAGGGAAAUACCACACUGUGAAGGAUGCUCUGGACAUCGUUUACCAUCGCAAAGUCACAGACGACAUCAGUAAAGUGAAAUACAAGGAGAACUACAUGAGCCAGCUGGGAAUCUGGAGGUCCAUUCCUGAUCGCCCGGAGCACUUCCACCACCGGGCAGUCACUGACGCAGUCAGCGAUAUAAAAUAUAAAGAAGACUUGACCUGGCUUAAAGGCAUUGGUUGCUAUGCCUAUGAUACCCCUGACUUAACCCUGGCUGAAAAGAAUAAGACUCUCUACAGCAAGUAUAAGUAUAAAGAGGUAUUUGAAAGGACAAAGUCAGAUUUCAAAUAUGUUCCCGACUGUCCAAUCAAUAGGCAUUUCAAGUACGCAACUCAAUUGAUGAAUGAGAAAAAAUACAGAGCUGAUUAUGAGCAGCGGAAAGAUAAAUACCACCUGGUAGUGGAUGAGCCUAGACAUCUGCUGGCUAAGACCGCAGGCGACCAGAUCAGUCAGAUCAAAUACAGGAAAAACUAUGAAAAAUCAAAGGACAAAUUUACCUCAGUUGUGGACACUCCAGAACACCUGCGUACUACAAAAGUCAACAAACAAAUCAGUGAUAUACUUUAUAAACUGGAAUACAACAAGGCCAAACCCAGAGGCUACACCACAAUCCACGACACGCCCAUGCUGCUGCAUGUGCGCAAGGUCAAAGAUGAAGUCAGUGAUCUGAAAUACAAAGAAGUUUACCAAAGAAAUAAAUCUAACUGCACCAUCGAGCCAGAUGCUGUUCAUAUCAAAGCAGCCAAGGAUGCCUACAAAGUCAACACCAACCUGGACUACAAGAAGCAGUAUGAAGCCAACAAAGCGCACUGGAGGUGGACCCCCGACAGACCUGACUUCCUCCAAGCCGCCAAGUCGUCCCUGCAGCAAAGCGACUUUGAAUAUAAGCUGGACCGAGAGUUCCUCAAGGGUUGCAAGCUUUCUGUCACGGAUGAUAAAAACACGGUGCUGGCCCUCAAGAACACCUUGAUAGAAAGUGAUCUGAAAUACAAAGAGAAACACGUCAAGGAAAGAGGAAGCUGCCAUGCUGUGCCUGACACUCCUCAGAUCCUUCUGGCAAAGACUGUCAGCAAUCUGGUGUCCGAGAACAAGUACAAGGACUAUGUCAAGAAGCGCUUGGCCCAGGGUUCCUACACAACCCUGCCGGAGACCCGGGACACUGUCCAUGUCAAGGAAGUGACCAAGCAUGUCAGCGAUACAAAUUACAAAAAGAAGUUCGUCAAGGAGAAAGGAAAAUCCAACUACUCCAUUAUGCUGGAGCCACCAGAUGUGAAACAUGCUAUGGACGUGGCCAAGAAGCAGAGUGACGUCGCUUACAGAAAAGAUGCCAAAGCAAACCUGCAUUACACCACAGUGGCUGAUCGGCCAGACAUCAAGAAAGCCACGCAGGCAGCCAAACAGGCCAGCGAGGUGGAGUACAGAGCCAAGCACCGAAAGGAGGGCAGCCACGGCUUGAGCAUGCUCGGUCGCCCAGACAUCGAAAUGGCCAAGAAGGCAGCCAGGUUGAGCAGCCAGGUUAAAUACCGGGAAAAUUUCGACAAAGAGAAGGGCAAGACGCCAAAAUACAAUCCGAAAGAUAGCCAGCUGUACAAAGUCAUGAAAGAUGCUAAUAAUCUUGCAAGUGAGGUUAAAUAUAAGGCUGACCUGAAGAAACUUCACAAACCUGUGACUGACAUGAAGGAAUCUUUGAUAAUGAACCAUGUCCUGAAUACAAGCCAACUUGCCAGUUCUUACCAGUACAAGAAGAACUAUGAGAAGAGUAAAGGCCACUACCACACAAUACCCGAUAACCUGGAGCAGCUGCACCUAAAAGAGGCCACCGAGCUACAGAGUAUAGUGAAAUACAAAGAAAAGUAUGAAAAGGAACGAGGAAAGCCCAUGUUGGACUUUGAAACACCAACAUACCUCACUGCCAAAGAGUCUCAGCAGAUGCAGAGCGGGAAAGAAUAUAGGAGGGAUUAUGACGAGUCCAUUAAAGGCAGAAACCUGACUGGCCUGGAGGUCACGCCAGCUUUGUUACAUGUCAAAUAUGCAACCAAAAUAGCAAGCGAGAAAGAGUACCGGAAAGAUCUAGAGGAAAGCAUCCGUGGGAAGGGUCUCACCGAAAUGGAAGACACACCUGACAUGCUAAGAGCAAAGAACGCCACCCAAAUCCUCAAUGAGAAAGAAUAUAAGCGAGACCUGGAACUGGAAGUCAAAGGAAGGGGCCUGAAUGCCAUGGCCAAUGAAACUCCAGAUUUCAUGAGGGCCAAGAACGCUACUGAUAUUGCCAGUCAGAUUAAGUAUAAGCAAUCAGCAGAAAUGGAAAAGGCCAAUUUCACUUCUGUGGUUGAUACUCCAGAGAUCAUUCAUGCCCAACAAGUCAAGAAUCUUUCAAGCCAGAAAAAGUACAAGGAAGAUGCUGAGAAGUCCAUGUCAUAUUAUGAGACUGUUUUGGAUACCCCAGAGAUGCAGAGAGUCCGGGAGAACCAAAAGAACUUCAGCCUUCUCCAAUACCAGUGUGACCUUAAAAACAGUAAAGGAAAAAUUACAGUUGUUCAAGACACGCCAGAAAUACUGCGUGUUAAAGAAAAUCAAAAGAAUUUCAGCUCGGUUUUAUACAAAGAGGAUGUCUCACCAGGAACAGCGAUCGGAAAGACACCUGAGAUGAUGCGAGUGAAGCAAACGCAAGACCACAUUAGCGCGGUGAAGUAUAAGGAAGCAAUUGGACAAGGAACGCCAAUCCCUGACCUGCCCGAAGUGAAACGUGUCAAGGAGACCCAGAAGCACAUUAGCUCGGUUAUGUACAAAGAAAACUUGGGAACAGGCAUUCCAACCACUGUCACUCCAGAGAUUGAGAGAGUCAAACGCAAUCAAGAGAACUUUAGCUCGGUUUUGUACAAAGAAAAUUUGGGGAAAGGAACCCCAACACCUGUCACUCCUGAGAUGGAGCGAGUCAAACGCAAUCAAGAGAACUUUAGCUCGGUGUUAUACAAGGAAAACAUGGGCAAGGGAACCCCUUUACCUGUCACUCCUGAGAUGGAGAGAGUCAAACACAAUCAAGAAAAUAUUAGCUCGGUUUUGUACAAGGAAAAUGUGGGGAAAGCCACCCCAACCCCUGUCACUCCAGAGAUGCAGAGAGUCAAACGCAAUCAAGAAAACAUUAGCUCGGUGUUAUACAAAGAGAACCUGGGGAAAGCAACCCCUACACCCCUUACUCCUGAGAUGGAAAGAGUCAAACGCAAUCAAGAAAACUUUAGCUCGGUGUUGUACAAAGAGAAUAUGAGAAAAGCAACUUCGACACCUGUUACUCCAGAGAUGGAGAGAGCUAAGCGCAACCAGGAAAACAUUAGCUCGGUUCUUUAUUCUGAUAGCUUCCGGAAACAAAUACAAGGCAAAGCUGCCUAUGUGUUGGAUACCCCUGAGAUGAGACGGGUGAGGGAGACCCAACGGCACAUCUCAACGGUGAAAUAUCACGAAGACUUUGAGAAACACAAGGGGUGCUUCACACCAGUGGUAACAGAUCCCAUCACUGAAAGAGUAAAGAAGAACACGCAGGACUUCAGUGACAUUAACUACCGAGGUAUUCAAAGGAAAGUGGUAGAAAUGGAACAAAAACGGAAUGACCAGGAUCAGGAAACUAUCACAGGUUUACGUGUUUGGCGUACUAAUCCUGGUUCAGUUUUUGACUAUGAUCCAGCAGAAGACAACAUUCAAUCCCGAAGCUUACACAAGAUUAACGUCCAAGCUCAGCGCAAGGGCCGAGAGCAGUCACGGUCUGUCAGCGCCCUGAGCAUCAGCGGGGGUGAAGAGAAGUCUGAGCAUUCGGACCAUCACCUCUCCACCUAUAGCGACGGAGGCAUCUUCUUCUCUGCGACCUCAUCAGCUUAUAAACACGCAAAAACUACAGAACUCCCACAACAACGAUCAUCUUCAGUUGGUACCCAACAGACAACGGUAUCCUCCAUCCCAUCUCAUCCAUCUACUGCUGGAAAAACCUUCCGUGCCAUGUACGACUAUAUGGCUGCAGAUGCCGAUGAGGUGUCCUUCAAAGAUGGAGAUGCUAUCAUAAACGUCCAGGCUAUUGACGAAGGCUGGAUGUAUGGCACCGUGCAGAGGACUGGCAGGACCGGCAUGCUCCCAGCCAACUACGUUGAAGCUAUUUAGGCAUUUCGGAACAUCACACCUGUGUGCAGAACCUACAGAUCCUGCAGUUGAUAUUUCAGUUUAGACUCUCCACUCUUACACAAGUUCUCAAGCUGCCUCUGGUUAUUCGGUGUCAAUAUGAUUUAUGGUAGUACCGUCCUUCUUCCUUUAGGUUUUAAAAUAAGUUUAAUUUCGGAAUAGACA